AUGAGAGACGUUAACGGUCCGAACAAGGUUGCUCUGAUCUUGGGAGCCAACGGCAUAACAGGCUCCUACCUCAUCGAGCAUCUUCUCGCUCAGCCCACCUCUUCCUGGAAGCAAAUCAUUGGGGUCUCGCGCAGAUUUCCAAACAAGACUUGGCUCUCAGAAGACUUGAAAUUCUCACCUUCUCAAAUCUCUGACGUCGAACAAGGCCGCGGACGCUUAACGUGGGUUCAAGCGGAUUUGAACGAGGAGAGUUUGGAUAGUAUUGUUGCAAAGUAUAGGAAGGGUGGUGUUGAGGAGGUUACUCAUGUGUUUUACUGUGCAUACGUCCUAAUCGACGGAUGGCAAGGCCCCGAAGAACGUCGAGCCAACGCCAAGAUAUGCCAUCAAGGAGUACAGGCUGCGGAUAUUGUUUCAAAGAGGUUGGCUAGAGUGUUGCUGCAAACUGGAGGCAAAGCUUCAAACAUCAUAGCCAAGUGGUACGGCGUCCACAGAGUCGUGCGUCCAAACCCACUCAUGGAAUCAGACACUCCAGAUCCAUCCGCUGAUUUCUAUCUGGACCAAAUGGAGUCGGUUAAGGCGUUGUCGCAGGGGAAGCAAUGGGAUUGGACAAUGACGAUACCAGCCGGCAUCAUGGGCUUCACGCGACAAAGCCAAAUGAAUCUUGCUACGACGAUCAUGCUGUACUGUGCGUUGAAGGCACAUACGGGUGAACCAUUGAUUUGGCCUGCGAAUGGGCAAGGAUUCGAUGCAUCACACGAUGAAACAGACGUCGUGUACCUCGCAGCGUUCAAUGUAUGGGCCAUAACAACGCCUAAAUGUGGUGGGGAAUACUUUAACGUCCUAAACGCCGACCCAUUCUCAUACGCACGUCUAUGGCCGCUCUUUGCAGCAUACUUUGGAGCCAAGCUACCAACAGGCACACAGACAUACCCUGCUGAACCAGCCCAUGUAUUGGAACUGGAGUCAUACUACAACAAAUCCGGACUAGGAAAGAAAAUAUGGACGGAUGUCGUUGCAAAGAAUCCUGGUGUGGAUCCAACCAGUAUUGAUUCAGCAACGUUCUGGUUUAUGGAUGCAUGCAUACAUGGGACUAAUGUGCCACUUAUCUUCUCAACUGCCAAAGCACGUAAAUUUGGAUGGACGGGCGUUGCUGAUACCACUGAGAUGUUCUUGCGUACGUUUGAGCGUGCACGAAAGGCUGGAGCGAUCCCCAAAAACCUUCCUGGGUUGAGUGCCCUUAAAAAUGUCAAGACGCAAAUUCGAUCAGUCAUGUAG